UCACGCACGCUACAGCAGGAGGUAUUGUAGUGACUUCCUGAGCCUCAGAGCAGAUGCAUCGUUUGUGAGGAUGCGGGGACGGCCUCUCUACAAUCUCUGUUGUAUCAUUUAAACCGAAACGAGCGUCCUAUGCUUGGAGUACAAAGCGCACAUCUGAGCGCCUCACGUUUCAAUGAGAGGAGCGUCCCCCCCCCACACACAUGCAGGGUGGGCCUAGGAGUGAAAGACCAGCUGUUUUAUGAAUGGGAUGCUCGAAUGUUCCUUCAAUAGGCUUCAUUGAGCGUUCCAACUUGAUCUUGGCCUGCGGCUGAGGAGGAAGAGUGGGAGAUUUGAACCCUGACGGAAGUUAAGGAGCACCGUUGUUUCAUAAAAAGCUUGAAGAUCUGAGCUACUUCUACCUACAGGACACCAUGCCGAUCUUAAAGCAACUAGUCUCCACCUCCUCCCAGACAAAGCGUCGCUCACGUAUGGACUUGACCAGGGAGAUGAUCAGCGCACCCCUUGGAGAUUUCCGUCACACUAUGCAUGUAGGUCGCAGUGGUGACGCUUUUGGAGAUACGUCGUUUCUGAGCACACGCUCUGGGGAACCUUCUCCUGACACGGCUUCCUUUCCCCGCUCUCCUCGGCCAGGCCUUUUGGCCCGCACCUUUAGGAGCAGCAAGCGCUCUCAGUCUGUGACCAGAGUGGACCAACAGAACGAUAAUCGCCUCAUGAUUCCUGGAGGGUCCCCAACCUUUGUUAAAAAUGCCAUGUCCCUGCCUUUUCUCAAUGAUGAAAACAGAGGGGACAGCCUUGUGUCAAAGAGCUUGUCCUCUAGCCCGUUUAAGCAGCAUGGAGAGCCGGACAAUGAGGGUGCUGCGGCAGCAGCGAACUUACUCGAGCUGCAAGAAAAGAGCUUUGGUGAAUUGACGGAGUUGCCGGAAAGUUCCGUUCACUACGGCGGUGGAAUGAAGCACGCUGAGUCAGUCAUGUCUUUCCACGUUGACUUGGGACCGUCUAUGCUUAAUGAUAUCUUGGAUGUGAUGGAAAAGGAGGAAGAUGAUCUUGGCUAUGAGGAGGGCAAGAGCAGUGAGGGCCAUUGCUCGCCAAUGCUGAUCAACCAUUGUGAAGAAGAGGACGAGAAAGAGAGGGAAGAGGAUGAGGGGGAAAACCAUCAGGUGGAGACAGAAAAAGAUGCAUCGGAACAUCCGCCACACUCUAUUGAUCUCAGAGCCGAAGAUGAAGGUCCUUACACUCCUGAGAUUCUUCCCAAACACCUGCAGCACCUGGACAGCUGUUCUAUGUCGAGCUCUGGUUCCAAUGCAACAGAUGAGAAGCCAAACUACCGGAAUUAUACAGGAGACACAGACAGCGCCACAUUCAGCGCGCCCCCUGAGGAGGAGAGCAACUUCUCCUCUUUCUUGGAGGAUGAAGACGAUGAAAUCCACGUAUAAGAGUACAGACUCAAAAUGACCAACCUUUGGGAGGUGGGACAAGAAACAUUCAGUAAAGAAAGUGUGAUUAUUCCUUUUAGGUUGUGCCCAACUCCAUUCACCAGAGCGCCUUAACCUUUUGAACACUGACAUAACUGAAAUGGAUUGGGAACACUUUCUAAAUAGCUACCUUUCCAGAACUCAACAGUGACUUCUGGUUAACGAAAAUAAACUAAUUGAAGGGGAAAAAACUUAACCCAGCCUUUCAUUUUCUCACUAUCACCCCCCUCUUUUUUCUGUUUGAUUGUGCUUUUGCUGCCUGGCUGUGGGAUAUCAUGCGGCCUGAGCUGAACAGAAGGCCUCUGUCACAAGCGGACUACUGGUGGGUGUUCUGUCCCAAUAAAGGGAGCUGUGUUUGUGACUGGAGUGCAAGGCCCAGCAUCAAGCCCCUUUCAUCAGAAAAUAUUAUGGCAGAGCCACAGAUCUGUCAGGCUUUUAACCCUUAUUCUCAGUUAUGUAACUCAGGGUCCCUGCAAUGCUGCCUGAAGGCAACUGUCUCCGACUUUAUUGCAGGACCAUAAAGCCUAAACCGAAAUUCUUCUCUGUUAGUCUAGUGGAUGCCAUGCAGAGCACAACCCGGUCAGGGGGGAAGCUUUAAAGUGAUGCUUUGGGCUCACUACAAAGAACCUUGUUAUCACAGGAAACCAGGGGGGGUGAAGAGUAGCGUUUGCCACAUUCUUGGUUGUCUUUUUAUCUCUAUUUCCAUUGAACAUGUGGAGUUUUCUUUCAAAAUGAUUUCCAUCAACACAAACCUGCUGCAUUCCCUCUACGUUGUGGGGCUUUUCAACUUGUCUGAAGAGUAGAUAAAAACCACUUCCUUCCUUCCUUUUUUUUUUUUUUUUGUUUAGCAUCCGACUGACUGCAGUGCUACUGACUUGUUACAAAGCAAUGCUCAUUAAUUAACAGAUGAGUACAGCUUCAUGGUUAAAACAAAAUAGUGCUGGAACGUGAAAGAAAACCAUACACUACCAGUAUCUGUAGUUGUUUUUUUGUUUAGAAAAAGUCUCCCUCCCUCCCCUUUUCUGUCACCGUUUGAACGAAGGAUAAAAAAGAACCCUCAGCCAGCGAAUAGAUGCAAGAGCAUUAAGGAGAAGAUUGCCGGUUUUAUGUAAGUUGCACAGUCAUUGCAGCUCAACUCUACUUCUUGCAUCAUUAGAUCCAAAAGGCUCAGGCUGACUUGCGCAGAUUGAUUUCUCUGCCUUAACUAAAACUGACAGAUGUGCCAAAUAAUGAUAAUCAAGGCCAAAAAAAAAAAAAUUCCCUUUUGGGAGACUGUUUAAUGUCAAUCCCUGCCUGUUUUGUAUGAUCUUAAUUAAGGCUUUCACAGUGAAAAGAUUUAAGAAAUAAAAUAAAUGACAGUUAAAUGGCAAAUAUCUUGCAGGAAAAAAGGUUCAACAUAACUUGUAUUACUGAUAUUUAUCAGUUAAACACUACACAAUGUAAUGUGGUCUUUUUCAUUUUGUUCAAAUGAGCCACUGUGUUUUAAUUAUCUAAAUAAGCCUUACUGUUGUUGUCUGUGCUGUAUAUCAACCUUUUUCCCUGUAUUACCCAAAUUAACCUAUAUUUUUCAAUUAAAGAUAGACAAAGGUA